UAUAUUUUAUAAAGAUUACAUUAUGUAUUAAUUUGUGGAGAGGUACCAGUCUGGAUCUGGUGCUAGUGGAUCAGGCUGGAUCACUCUUCUGUGCUGCGGACGUCUCCGUGUAGCCCGGAAGAAGAUUCUCUAGGACCGUCUGUUGGCUUCCCGAUGAACUGGACCUCCACAUCAUCUGUUAAUGACAAUUUAAUUGUUAAGGGAUAUAUAAAUACAUUUUUAAUUGAUAUUCCUAACAAUGCCAAAAAGGAUAAUCCAGUAUUGUUAUUAUUGUCAGAUUGCCAAGGAGCUACAAGGUUUCAUUCCUUUGAAAUUACAUUUAAAUGAUAAAAUGCAUUAAAAUAUAAUUAUUUUGUUUAAAUAAAAUGUAAUUGUAUAUAUUUUUUUGUACAAAUAUUUGAAUUUACAUAAUCAAUACAAAUGUAAAGAACAAUAAAAAUUAAGAACCUUAAAAGAGCUAAAAGGGGAACCACUUUUUUGUUUUUUUAAUGUUGCCUAUCAUUCACAAUUCUUAUUGAACACAACACGUUUUUUUAAAUGUUUUUAUGCAUUCUUAUUUCUAAUAUACGGCAAUUAUGAGGUGGCUACUGUCGGAGGCAGAUAUUUACAUAUAUCCGAAUUUAAGUGUUACUACUUUUAUUUCAUAGUCAUAUUUGAAAACAGCUCGUGUUCUUCCAAUUGUGGUCUUUUGGUUGUCUGCAAAACUGUGUGCUUAACCUUGAAUGAGGAAUGUUAGAGAGAGCGAUAAUAAGCAUUUGUUUUGACUAGAGAGAGGGGAGAGGAGAGAGGGUUUUGGGUCGGGAAGACAGACCAUCAUUUUCGCGGGGCGAGCCGAAUGUUCUAUGCUGUCUCUGUAAAGUAUAUCUGCAAAGCUUUGCAAAUAUAUUACAAAAUACAUAUUCUGUCUCUGGUGGUUUUUCAACUCAGCUUUAAGUGUCGUAAAGAGCUUGGGAGCGACUUGUGACUUGAAUUCCCUGGGAGGAACAACUGGUCCAAAACGCAAUACUACCUACUCAGUGGCCUAGUGGUUAGAGUGUCCGCCCUGGGAUGGGUAGGUUGUGAGUUCAAACCCCGGCCGAGUCAUACCAAAGACUAUAAAAAUGGGAGCCAUUACCUCCCUGCUUGGCACUCAGCAUCAAGGGUUGGAAUUGGGGGUUGAAUCACCAAAAAUUAUUCCCGGGCGCGGCCACCGCUGCUGCCCACUGCUCCCCUCACCUCCCAGGGGGUGAACAAGGGGAUGGGUCAAAUGCAGAGGACACAUUUCUCCACACCUAGUGUGUGUGUGACAAUCAUUGCUACUUUAACUUUUGUCUUCAUGAAAGAAAGGAAUGUUAAACAUGCUUCUAUUAUCAUUAAACACCUUUAACUUGUCAACAAAAACCUGGCUUUCAUAAAUAAAUCAACAUAAAUGAUAUAUAUAUAUAUAUGAUUAUUUUGUUUAAAUAAAAUGUAAUUGUAUAUUUUUUUUUGUACAAAUAUUUGAAUUUACAUAAUCACUACAAAUGUACUUGAUAAUGUUAUUAUUGUGGCCUUUUUCAGUCACAAUGGCAGAGUGAAGAUGGGUGACUGGAACUUCCUGGGGGGCAUUUUGGAGGAGGUGCACAUCCACUCCACCAUGGUGGGCAAGAUCUGGCUCACCCUGCUCUUCGUCUUCCGCAUGCUGGUCCUCGGCGUGGCGGCCGAAGACGUGUGGAACGACGAGCAGGCCGACUUUGUGUGCAACACGGAGCAGCCGGGCUGCAGGAACGCCUGCUACGACCUGGCCUUCCCCAUCUCGCUCAUCCGCUACUGGGUGCUGCAGGUCAUCUUCGUGUCCUCGCCCUCGCUGGUCUACAUGGGCCACGCCCUCUACAGGCUGCGGGCGCUGGACAAGGCCCGGCGGCGGAGGAGGGCGCUGCUGAGGAAGGAGCUGGAGGAGGUGGACGCCGAGUGGGUGGAGUCCAAGAGGAGGAUCGAGCGGGAGAUGAAGCAGCUGGAGCAAGGGAAGCCCAACAAGGCUCCCCUCAGGGGGUCUCUGCUGCGCACCUACGUGGCCCACGUGGUCACCCGCUCUGUGCUGGAGGUGGCCUUCAUGCUGGGCCAGUACCUCCUCUACGGCUUCCGCUUGCACCCCUUGUUCAAAUGCCAGCGCUUCCCUUGCCCCAACGCCGUGGACUGCUACGUGUCCAGGCCCACGGAGAAGAGCGUCUUCAUGGUCUUCAUGCAGUGCAUCGCUGCCAUGUCGCUCUUCCUCAACACCUUGGAAGUCCUCUACCUGGGCUACAAGAGGAUCCGACGGGACCUCCUGGACUUUUAUCCACAUUUGAAGGAAGACCUGGAGGACUUGGACAGACGCAAAAAGUCCUCGGUGCUCCAAGUUAACAGGAAAGCCACGUUAAUCUCGGCACCCGGCGACUUCAACGUCUUCACGGACCCCCGGCGAGGAAGCGCUUUCUACCCCGCGCAACCUCCUGCGUGUCUUCAGGGACCGAGCACGCAGGACGAGUCCGCCUCGACGCCAAGCGACGCGCUUAAGGAGGACCUGAAGAGUCAGGAUAAGGAGACCAGUAGUGGAAGGAGUAGCCCACAGAAAGCUUUAUCGUCCACGCUUCAGACAGCCAGGAGGCCAUGGAGGGCCCACGAUGUCGCCUUCAGGUGCUCCACGGUGCCGGAGGGCAGGAGCUCGGACACAGCCUCACAAGGAUGCGAGGAAGUCGCCCCGUUGGGGCUUCAAAGCUGGUCGUCCGCCUCGGGCUUGGCGGAAGACUCCAAGCAAAGCCCGAGAGCCGAGCCCUCCGCCGGGCGCAGGGCGUCGGAGGCGAGCGCGACGAGCAGCAGACGAGCGACGGACCUUCAGAUCUGACUUAGCCUGGACGCCGUUACCUCCACCAGGGUUGUCUUUGUGCGGCGUUAUGAAAACCGGGCCAAGAGGAACCUGGUCUUUGGUUAA